AUGGUGGGGCACCCUUUCACGUGGACAAAUCGAAGACAAGGAGAGGAUUUGGUGAAGGAGAGGCUUGACCGCUAUUUAGUUGGGAUGGAAUGGAAGUUGAAGUUUCCGAAUGUAGUGGUGCACAGGCUCACAGAGUCAGGCUCGGAUCAUGCUCCACUUUUGAUGGAAACCGAACCUCAAUCCUGGCAUAGUAAAAGACGGUUUAAAUACCAGAAACGUUGGUGUGGAGAAGAUGAUGUCAAGAGAAUUGUCAAUGAAGUGUGGAGAAUGGAAGUUGUAGGCUCAGCUAUGUUCUCCUUAGCCCAAAAGUUGAAAGUUUGUAGACAUAAACUAGUUCAAUGGCAGAAAACUCACAAAGCAAACUCUCGAAAAGAAAUUGAGGACCUUCAAGCUAAACUAGAGGAGUUGCGGGUGGCUGGAAUCAAUGGGGAAGAGGAGGUUACUAGUUUGGAGAAGAAGUUGGAGCUGGCAUAUUUGAAAGAAGAGAGCUAUUGA